AUGGUAUUUUUAUCAGUGGUGAAUUGGGUGAGAAGCCGAGGCCCAGAUGAAUUUUGGAGAAAAAGGAAAAUUUUUCGUUUAGCAGCGCACUAUAUAGGUCGCCGAAGAAAUUGUUACUCAAUAGCUGUUAGAAAUGUUCACAGAGCUUUGGUUUAUGCAACAAAAGCAAGAAAACUGAAAAAAGCAGAUAUGAAAGUUUUAUGGGAGACUCGAAUCACAGCUGCUUGUGAGCAGCAUAAUAUCACAUAUUUUACUCUUAAGGAGGGUUUAGAUCGAGCAAACAUAAUGCUGGACCGUAAGUCAUUAUCAGACUUAGCAUCUUGGGAACCACACACAUUUGAAUGUUUAGCAGCAGUAGCGAAGCAGAAACUAAGUUAUGAUGGCUUUAUAGAUACUACAGAUAAGAAUACACCUACUGGUGUUAACUUGAACCUCAAAGAUGUGAUGUUAGAUGUAUGGCUAAAGGAAAACAAAAAAUAA